AGGAGGCAGUUUAUCCCGUUCAAGUAAAAUGGGUUCAAAACAGAUUGCACAGGAAACAUUUGAUGAUGCAGUGCAAGAAAACAUUACAGAGUUUGAAAUGGAGCCAGAAGAGGCUGUGAGAGAAGCUGUGCAGCAGUUUGAGUCCCAAGGUGUUGACCUCAGCAAUAUUGUGAAAGCUGUGCGGCAGCCUGCCUCUGAAAAUGGUCAAAAGCAAAAACAUGAAAUUUUGCUGACUUUAGAUGCCCUUGGGAGAGCUGUUGCUGACUCUGAUCUCACUGAGAUGGCUGAGCAGCUGGGGGUCUUCACUGAUCAGUGCAAAGAGCAGCUGGCUUUCCGCUACCUGGCCGGGCAAAAUGGUGCCUAUCCUGUGGUAUUCUCUGCCUGCCAGUUGGCUUCAGGAGACAGGAAUUUAAUGCUGAAAGCUUUUUAUACUCUGGCUGCCAUCUUGGAUGGACAGCCAGACCUACUUGACUCCGCUGGCCAGGAUCUACUGCUACAAACCCUGAAAGAAUAUAGGGAGGAUGCGGAAAUGACGCUGGCUGGGAUCCGAUGCAUUCGGCACGCCUGUCUGAAACACGAGCAGAAUCGCCAGGACUUUGUGAAGGGUGGGGUUCUCCCGCUUCUGACUGGAGCCAUUGUCCAGCAUGGAGACAGCGCUGAUGUCGUCCGAACAGCGGCCUCGGCGCUCAGGGUCAUGACUUUUGAUGAUGACAUCCGUGUGCCCUUUGGUCAUGCUCAUGAUCAUGCCAAAAUGAUUGUGUUGGAAAACGAUGGGUUACGAGUCCUCAUUGAAGCUGCAAAAGCAUUCACAGACAACUCCAGCGUUCUCAGUGAACUGUGCGCCACCCUUUCUCGCCUCUCUGUCAGGAAUGAAUUCUGCCAAGAAAUCGUGGACCUUGGCGGCUUAAAUUUCAUGGUGGCUCUCCUGGCUGACUGCAUUGACCAUCCGGUGAGCGAUAGAGACGUGGUGAAGCAGGUGCUGAGCGCCAUCCGAGCGGUUGCGGGUAAUGACGACGUGAAAGACGCAAUCGUUAACGCUGGGGGAACGGACCUCAUUGUGCUCGCUAUAAGCCAUCACCUGGCCAACCCUCAGAUCUGUGAGCAAGGCUGUGCAGCCUUGUGCAUGUUGGCUUUGCGCAAACCUGAGAACUGUAACGUCAUCAUGGAGGGCGGAGGGGCGUUGGCAGCUCUGCAGGCUAUGAAAGCACACCCACGAGAAGUGGCUGUACAGAAACAGGCUUGCAUGCUGAUCCGCAACCUGGUCUCUCGGAGCCGGGACUUUUCUCAGCCCAUCUUAGAGAUGGGAGCUGAGAACCUGAUAACAGAAGCUCGUGCAACGCACAGGGACUGUGAUGACGUGGCCAAAGCUGCACUGAGGGAUCUCGGCUGCAAAGUGGAGCUCCGAGAGCUGUGGACAGGUCAGAAGGGAAGCCUGGCUCAGUGAACUGUCGCUCCACUAAGCUGUGGAGCUUCAGGAUAUCCCUAUACAUGAAGUCUAAGGGGGGAAACAAAGUGGCAUGGAUUAAUUUGCAGUUACAUUGAACUGGAAUAUCUGAAGCAAAUGCCUGGCUUGUGAGGCUGCAGUGAACUUUUUAUUGGGAGCUACAGCUGAAAUGGCUUUAUGCAUUCACAGGCUGCAAAUCAACUCUGUUUAGUAAUCAUUCCCCAAAUCAUCUAAUGCCUGAAGAUGAUCUGCUCCCCCCUGCUGUUAUUUAUUUUACUUAUGUACAGCACAGGGCUGUUCCUGUGUGCUCUGUUCUAUACAGUCAGAGCAAAAGCGGAUCUU